GGCUUCUAGAAAAAAACACUACACGAUUGUCAACAACUCAAAAGCAGUGAAAAUUUCAACCGAAGCAAAUAUUUUACAUAAAAAAUAAAUAUAUUUAUUAAAUUAAUCAAUAAAAACGUUAAAAAGAUCGCAACGUAAUGGCGCACUAUAAGGGAGCCGCCAGUGAAGCGGGCCGUGCUGCACAACUGAUGAAAAAACGUGAGAUUGCCCAACAGGAGAUUGAGUUUCGCAAGAAGAAAAUCGAAGAAGAGCUUAAACUUGACAAGAUUGAAAAUAAAUUCGCAGCGCAUUAUGAUGCCGUGGAACAGCAACUUAAAAGUUCGACCAUUGGUCUGGUCACUUUGGAUGAGAUGAAGGCCAAACAGGAGGAUAUAGUAAGGGAACGUGAAAAAAAGUUGGCACAGAAAAAAGAUGAGAAAGAACGUGAAAAGCAACGCGCACUGGAGGCCAUACAAGCGGAGAAGAAUAAACAAAAACGACAGAUACAAGCGCUAUCAUUCAGUUUUAAUGAAGACGAGGAUGAUGAGGAGGGCGCUGCCGAUGACGCUGAUGAUGAUGACAAUGUUAAAGAAGUUAAAAAGGAGGAUACGCCACCUAAGAAGAAGUGGACCGAAAUCGAUGAUGAUAGUAUACCAUCGAAGAAAAAGAAAAUAUUUAAAAAUCCCGAAGUAGAUACAUCAUUUUUGCCUGAUCGCGAACGUGAGGAACAAGAGAAUCGCUUGCGCGAACAGUUGCGUCAAGAGUGGGUAAUGCAGCAAGCAGCAUUGAAAGAUCAAGAAAUCACCAUCACUUUCAGUUAUUGGGAUGGUUCAGGUCAUAGACGUAGUGUGAUAAUGAAAAAGGGUAAUUCCAUAUAUCAAUUCCUGCAACGUUGUCUUGAGUUGCUGCGCAAGGAAUUCAAUGAAUUGAAAACUGUCAUGGCCGAUCAGCUGAUGUAUGUAAAAGAAGAUUUAAUACUACCGCAUCAUUACUCAUUCUACGACUUUAUUGUAACAAAGGCGCGUGGUAAGAGUGGACCUUUAUUCCAAUUCGACGUACACGACGAUGUGCGUAUGAUAAGCGAUGCUACUGUAGAGAAGGAAGAAUCCCAUGCGGGCAAAGUGCUCUUACGUUCGUGGUAUGAACGUAAUAAACAUAUUUUUCCAGCCAGCCGUUGGGAGCCAUAUGACCCCACAAAAACAUAUGAUAAAUAUACCAUUAAGGAUAAGAGCAAAAAAACAUGAAUUGUAUAUAACGCUGAAAUAUGAAUAAAAUUAAGUACAAUAUUGAAGAAAAAUAUAAUAA